AUGUCAGGCUCCUAUGAUGAGUCUGCGGCAUCUGCUGAGGAAAUAACUGACAGUUUCUGGGAGGUAAGAGUCCCCUCAGCACAAACCACAUAUGUAUCUUCUGAAGAAACACUGGUGGAGGAGGGAGGCAGCAUAAAACAGCCCCUCCAAGGUCCAACCAAAGCUUCCCUGUUGGCCUCAUGCAAAUGAGAUUUCUGAUUGGUGGUCCUGGUUGACUCUUGAACCCAAGGUUCUAGAGAAGGGAAGUCAUGCAUUGCCAUAGGUUUUCAACAGCAGUGCAAUGGAUUUUGCAGAAAGAAAGGGUAGAAGAUGGAGAGAACCUUCUGGAAAAAAGCAGUGUUGAUCAUAUACAGUUUGCUCUUCUGAUGCUUUUCCUUCUAGAAGAUGUUGUCCCCACAACUCGGGCGCCUUCUUAAUACUUAAUUUCUAAAGCAAAAGUUUCCAGAGCUCGUGAGCUUCUGGGAGUCACCCUUCUACCCUGGAAUCUCUGCCUUCUAAACCUUAUAAUCUAGCUAGUUGUGGUUACUCACUGGUUAAAAAGGGGCACAUUUUGCUGACAUGGCUGGCACCUGCAGAAUGGGCCCUAAUUCCGCAUUGGGGGGGGGGGUUGCAGUCAAAGGGGACAAAAGUGACCUUGCUAGUUGUAUUAGUGUGAGAGCAAUUAGUGAUCUGAUGGAAUAGGAUCAUCCAUCUGACCAGUCCAGGAAGUUUUGCCCUCACCUUCAGUAGAGUAAUUCUAAUUGGCUAGGUAGCAUGGUGCCAUCAUCACAUUCACUAAAUGACCCCUGAUUCACUGAUAUCAUGUAGGCCAGCAGACCUAAUUGGGCUUCUCCAUUUAGCCAAACCAGGCUAUUUUGGCCAAGCCAUACCCUCCUGACAUCAGGUGCAGAGUAGGUAAAGAUGCAGCUGGGGCAAAGGGGUUUUUCAGAUGGUGCUGAUCAGCAGGUUGGCAACAUGCACAUUGCGAAGCCCCAUGCACAUCGCUUUUCAAGCACAGACAACCAGCUGAUUGUUGGUGCUUGCAAAAGCUCAGUGCACUGCACUUUGCAAGCAGUGAUCCGCUGACUUGCAUGGCACUGUAUGUGGCUUCUUGCAAGCUCCUAAAAGCAGCUGAUCAUGGGGACUGCAAAGAGCUGUACAGGGUGCUGUGCUAGCAUAAACAAUCAUCGGAUUAGCCCCACCCACAUGUCAAACUUGUGGCUCAUGUUGGGUUGGAGAGAUAAGAAUCUGAUAUUCUUUUUGCUCUCCUGGUUGCUCAGAGCCAGGCUGGCCUCCAGGACUAUCUGUUGGACUCCAGCUAGUCACUCUUACCAUUCAGCUGUUCAUGUGUCUGGCAGGUAGGGAACUACAAACGGACGGUGAAACGGAUUGAUGAUGGUUAUCGGCUGUGCAAUGACCUGAUGAACUGUGUCCAUGAGCGGGCCAAGAUUGAGAAGGCAUAUUCCCAGCAGCUGGUCGAUUGGUCCAAACGGUGGAGGCAGCUAAUAGAGAAAGGUAUUUCUCCUCCAUACUGGGGUGGGGCACAAUGGGGAGAGCAGAUGGGAAAUGGAAGAGACAGGAACAGCAAUUUGCAAGGUGGCAUCAGUCCUUCCUCCCCACCCUCUGUGUAAUGUAGAGGAAGAAUGUUUCCCCAGGAAUUAUUUUAGAUUAAUUAUUUUCAUCUAAUAGUAAAAGCUAUGCUGGGGCUGUGUGAACAAGUUGCUGCUGCAUGGGCCUUCCCAGACUAUUAGUUGUUUAUUCAGAAAUUUAUUGUUUCCAAGUACAGAUUUGGCCCAAGAAGCUUUCAGUAAACAGAUAAAUCAGAAUAAUAAUGCACAACAAAGCCCAACAUAUUAAGUUAUUCAUAAAAUGAGUCAGAUCAGCUAAAACCUCAUGAGCUUUGUAAACACAACAAGAGUUUUUAAAAUCUCACUUCUUUCUUGCAGCCUGAUGAAAUGCAUGUUUACAAAGAUGCAAGCCCUACUGUGUCCAGUGGGACGUACUGGUGUGCAUACAAUCACAGUCCAUUGUUGAUGCAUAUGAGUGCAGACCCAGUGCCAGCAGCAGCAUGAUACCCUGUUCUGUAUAACUACAGGCAGCAUGGAGAAUAGCCUCUAAGUUAUGUCAGGAUAUAGUGGGCAAAAUUAGACCUGAUGUGAAAGGUCAGUGAUCAGGAUCUCUCCUGGGUGCUUUUGGGCUGCUGUUUGUUUGUUUCAAGGUCAGUAGUCCAAUGCAACCUCUUUCAAGCCUGGAGGUGGUCUUGAACCUUUACUCAAGAGUAGACCUAUUGAAAUUGGUGAAAGUGACUUGGUGAGAACCAAUAAUUUCAGAAGGUCUACUCUCAGUAAAACUGAGUUGAAUACUACCCUCCAUAACUGACACUGGGGAAGUGGGUGGUUAACCCUCCUCUGGUACCAGUUCCCCAAUCUUCCAAACAGCCACAUGGAGCUGUUGAUUACACACAAUGGAGAACACAAACUCCUGAGAAAUUCUGGUUUUUGGGAUUUGGGUGGUAUUCAAUUAGUAGCCCUCCUUUGACAAAGGUAUUGAUCAUUGAAACAGGAAGGGGGCGGGAUUUGCUGCCUCCCUCUAGUGUAAUCCACCCCCACCCGCCAAAAAAGAAUUGCUCCAGACUGACCCUCCUACUCCUGUCUCUUGGUCAAAAAAGAAUAAGGGGGAAUGUGUACUCCACUGCACAGCUUUCACAGAAUUAAAUAGAGAAUAAAGGAAAAUGCACACAAAAUGGUUUGGCACAUGAGAUGGAGGGGUUGCCUUGCUGAUAAUGUGGGUGGGUCCCCUGCCUCAAUAACUGUCAACUGCAAAACUAUUGCACAAGGAACAGUAGUCUGGAAAUACUCUAAAACAGGGAUGGGAACCUGUGGCCUUCCACACGUUGUUGCACUGAGACUUCCACCCUCCCUGAACAUCGGCUACGCUAUUUGUAGCGGAUGGGGCUGUUGCUGAGUCCAGCAGCACCUGGAGGUCCACAGGUUUCUCAUCCCCUGCUCUAAGAACUAGAGUGCCUAGAUAUUGUUCAAGUCUCUUGUCACUAUGUACUUCUCAGUUCUCUGCCACAGUGUUCCAACCAGCUAAAUGGCAAAGGUUACAGUCCCUUAAUGUAUUGUGAGAGCAUUAUGAGAGUGUGUAGCCUGCAAGGGAGGAACAGGGUGUUAUUUCAGGAUGCCCAAUGGUCACCCCAGCCUUGCUGGUGCUCUCGGUACAUAGGCCCACAGUACGGCAGUUUGGAGAAAGCGUGGAUGGCCAUAAUGACAGAGGCGGACAAGGUGAGCGAGCUGCAUCAGGAAGUGAAGAAUAGCUUGUUGAACGACGACUUCGAGAAGGUGAAGAACUGGCAGAAGGAUGCCUUCCACAAACAGAUCAUGGGAGGCUUCAAGGAGGCCAAGGAAGCAGAGGAUGGUUUUCGGAAAGCACAGAAACCCUGGGCCAAGAAGAUGAAGGAGGUAGGAAGGGCUGGAGGAGGAGAGAAGGGCAGAGUGACUCAUGAGGUCAAUCAUUUUAUGGAGGAAAGGAACCCAACAGCUUUCUUGGGCUGUGACUGAGAGAGCAUCCCCAUCCCAUUUUAGCCACAGAACCCUAACAUGGGAUGUGGGCAGGAGCCUGUUUUAUCUUAAGGGAAUCAAGUCAUACCUGCAAGAUAAUAUAAAGAUCACAAUGUGUGGCACAAAAAAGGAUCAUGUUGCAUAUGUAUCCAGUGUCUGUAGAGCCCUACCUUCAUGGUUUAGUUUAUACUUUCAUAGACCUAAAUGGGUCUCAGUGUAGCUAAGAGACAUCUACACACACACACACACACACACACACACACACACACCCCUGGGAAGUAAGAAGUAUUUGCCAGUUCUCUAGUAAUCUACAUAUAGCUGUAAACCACAUAAUUUGACUUUGCAGAAGCUGAUGAAUUCUGAAAACCAGAGCUUUCAUUGUAACAAGAAAACUCAAGUUUCUAGUCUUCAUGCCUACAGAGAAAGCAUUGCUAUGUCCUUGUGCAGUUUUCUACAGUAGCCAAAUUGGGUUUCUAAGCACAGAGUUUGGAUUUUUUGAAAGCAUGGGCAAUGGGCUUUAUGAAGGGGGUGGUGGACUUGUAAUGGAGAGGAAUUGUUUCCGGCAAAAGUGAGCAUUUCUGGCCUCAAUCUUACUGCAGCAGUUUCAUAAGAAACAGGAGAUAGGAAUGUUGUACUGGGCCUCAGCAGUCACCCUUUCCUUCUUUUCUCAACUCAAACCAGCUGGAAACAGCCAAGAAAGCAUAUCACCUGGCAUGCAAAGAGGAGAAGCUCGCCAUGACCCGAGAAGCCAACAGCAAAGCUGAGCAGUCCAUCACUCCAGAUCAGCAAAAGAAGCUGCAAGACAAAGUGGAAAAAUGCAAGCAGGAUGUGCAAAAGGUAGGAGUGACCACCAAGGAUGUAGACAAAUUGACACACAUGGAAAUUUCUCCCUUUGAACAUCUGAGAAAUGCAACCAUCUUCACAUGUAGAUAAAGGCGCAGACAAAAAAAAGUAACAAAUGCACGCACAAUGUUUUACAGUAUGUGCAUGCACACUCUUACACAAACAUGAACAACCUUCUAAUACAUUCACUUCCUCAUCCUUACACAAAAGGCCCUUUAUCAUCCUUGUCCCUCUGCAUGCCUGCCCCCUCGUCUGUGGUGCUCACAUCCAUAUUCUCUUAUCGUUUUGUUUCUCUCAUAUAGCAGUUCACACCAUUCUCACAUGCAUUCACUCAUGUACAUCCUACACAUGCACUCCUUUUCUUGGUCACAUGAUCCAGGUGUAAUUGACAGAGCGGUGUGGAGUCAUGCAAGUCUGCUUUGCUCCUGCUUGCCCUUUUUCCUCCCUGGUCAUCGACACUGCAACGUUCUCAGUAGCACCCAGGGAUGGGGGAACCAGUAGAGCUGGGAAGAAGUCCAUACUCCCAAUGUGCCUUGGCUUUGAGGAAAGCUUUACAUAUGCUUUGGUCCUCUGUAGCUGGCUUACAAAAUUUUCACUUGCUAAGACAGGAGAAGCCUGCAGCAACGGGCAAGAUCAUUGGGUUCUCUUCACCAACAAUUCACUUUGUACCUCGCUGUUGCUUUUAUGGCUCUAAGGCAGUGAAAAAUAGUGUGGGCAUGAUAUCUCCUUCCCUGUGCAGCAUCUGCCAGUCUCUCUCCUGCCUCUCCCCACUGCUGUGAGGUGAAUCUGGUGACCUACUUGCUGCUACACAGAAGCUGGAAAAAUAAUUCCUCUAUAAUGCCUUACUGCCCCAGAGCUGGUAAUGGAGUUCUGGGCACUGGGCAGGAUUCACCUAACGAACCCCAUCAGCAACCUUCCUUGCCUCUCCUUCUUGCUGUAUCCCCUAAAAUUGGCUCGGGGGAGUCAGGAGAACCAUCAGAACAGCAUGGAUGAGGGAUUGUUCCAUUGCAUCCUUGAUAUCCACUGUCUUUGGUUUCUUUCAUGUUUCUGAAACAUAUAUACUGACUGAACCUCUUUAUCAGGUCUUGAUACAAGUUCAUGCAUGGCUCUUGAGCAGUCCAUAGUGAACUUGGGACUUCUGUUCCCAUCCAUUUCUGUAAUGAGUUUCAUCAACAUUUAUUCUUUACUGAAGCAAUGCCACAGAGCCUUCCAGAAGUCUUCUCUAUAGAUGGCUGCAGCUGACUUAAAUUAGGCCUAGGCAGUCAAAACCUUACAUGGUGUAGGUCAGUGUUAUAUUGAAAACAGUGGAACUAGAUGUGUUUAAGCACACUGAAUAUCCAGCCCAGAAAGCCUGCCUAGACAGGUCUUGCUGUGGGAACAGGGUGCCGUUCUCAGUAUCUAGAUCUUAAUCUGAGUCCCCUUUUUGUGUCCACAGACCCAGGAGAAGUAUGAAAAGGUGGUGGAUGAGAUUAGUAAGUGUACCCCACAGUACAUGGAAAGUAUGGAGCAGGUCUUUGAGCAAUGCCAGCAAUUUGAAGAGAAGAGACUCAUCUUUCUGAAGGAGGUGCUGUUGGACAUCAAGCGGCACCUAAACCUGGCAGAGAACAACAGGUAUCAUAUUUCCCUGAGGCUGCUUCCAGGCAAUCUGUUUAUUGAGCAUUCAUCCUCAAUUGCUUGCACAAGGUUUGCUGGGAGGUUAGACAGUGUUGACUAUUCAUUGUGCAUUCAUUCUGAUGUACUUGUGGAGAGAUUAUAUGACAUUGCAGCAAGCAAUGGUCGCCCCACACUUUCCAGUGCGUUUUUCCGUCACUUUCCUUAUCACAAAAAAUCUGAUAUUGGGGGGGGGGGGAAGGUUUUUUGUGCAAGAGCAUCAAAUCAACUUUUAACUGGGUAACAUGAAUUUGCCAGAAUGUGGUUGAAUCCCACCUGAAAAUAGCAGCAACCUGGAAGUGCCCUGAAACUCUGAAACAGCCCUGUAGAAAAUGCCCCCAUGAUUUAUGUGAAAGGGAUAGUCCUUGAGUGAGCACUUGGAGCUUCUUCCCAGCCUUGUCAACUUCCCUUUCAUUCAACUGUGCAUCUUUGCGGGUGCAUCUCCUGCACCCAAAUCAGCAUUUUAGCAUCAUAUGGGAACUAUGGGGGAAAUUCUCUUAAGAAGACACAACAUACAAGAGUCGCACACUGGCAUUGCACCUUGGACAGUCUGCACUGGCUCCACUUUCCCAUCCCACUUUCCAUCUCUGGUUACCAUACAGACUGUUCCAUGACGAGAUCAGUAGUUGCUGGGGUGGGGAAAGUUCUCAUUUGCUAGCAGUCUCAAGCAGAGGCUAGUCAGCCAUCUCUUGUAGAUGCUGUAGCUCCUGCAUCAAAGAAGCUGCUCAAGAUCAGGGAUUAGAGCCCUUUGUUAAAGUAAUAUUUGAAGCAGCUUACACUUCUCCUUUAAAUAAAUGGGUCUCUCUCUCACACACCCGCUUCUGUCUACCUACUUACAGGAGAAGCGCAAACUGAUUCAAACAGCAUUUUUGCAAAGCACUUUUAGAGAGUUCCUGUGGUCCUAUUUCAGACUCUAGAGGCUGAAACAGAACAUGGGACUGUCUUAAAGUCCUUUGAAAAAGGAGGCACGUAAAGGAGAAGGAGGCAGCUGUUUCAAACAGUGCUUUUGCAGCCUGAAAUAGGAGCAUGGAGGCUGCCUUAAAGCCUUUGGUGAAAUAAUUUUGCACACCGGUCUUUCUUUCUGGUUUUGGUUUUGGUUUUGGUUUUAAUUCUCUAGAUAUUUACAGGUGUCUCACAGGCCUUACAAUGUGAGACCCUCUAGAACACUGCCUGCAGUCAGCUGAAGUUGUGAAGUUGUUAAAGCAGAGAAUGUUGGAUUUUAAAAAUGCCUGAAAUGAAGCAUUUAACUCUUUAAAACAUUCUAUGCUGCUGUGCUUUAGCACACACAAAAAAUCUAGAGCUCUUAAAUGUUCUGCAUGCAGCAUUUUGGAGAGCCUCACUUCUUGAGGGCCUAGUGAAACAGAGAUUUAUAGGAAAGCAGAACAGAAAAACGCAUAAAUAAGGUGACAGAGCAAUGCAAGGCUUUGGAAGGACCCCGAUCUGACUUGGGGAGGUUAUUAAUACUUCAGCUUGGGUGGGGGGAGUCGCCUAAAAGAAUAACCCCAAUUCCCCUUGUUAUUCAGCCUCCUCACAGAGCUGAUGCACACCCCUGUCUAACACCAAUCUCAACCUGCUGCACAUGUAGAUCCAGCCAUAGAAGGAAGCUGAAGAGAGAAGUGUUGCCAUUCUCAUUAACAAGCUUCUAGUAUAUCUGUCAGGGCAGCAAGGGGAUAUUCAGUGGCAGAAGCAAAUUAAUUCACAGUCCCCAAACAGCCAGUGCAAUGUCUGAGCAGAUGCGUUAGCAGCAGCAGUGUUUAUUUUUCAAGUACCAGAAGCAUGUCUGGUUAUUUUAUACAUAUACACAAAAUUUGAACUGAAUAAUUGUGGGGGAGUUGGGUAAUGUGUAAUUUAGUAAAUUCUCCAUCCACAGUUGGGGAAUAUGUAUGUGUGUGUGAGUGAGUGAGUGAGUGAGUGAGUGAAAGAGAUCUCAGACUGCCUUUUUUAAAAAAACAAAAACAUUUGAUAUAUUAUAGAUAUUGUUUGGAGCUGAGGCCUCCAAGGCUGGGAGAGAUGGCUCUCAGUAUCCCAAAAUCUGUAACCGCGGAUGAGAUGACCGUGAGUGUGUGUGUUACUGUGCAAGCUUGGAGCCUACCAAAUGGUGGCUGUGAGUUUCAAAUCUUGAGAGCCACCCUAAACUAGGAGGAGGCCUACUGGAGCUCAUAAAAACAUUGGGAUAUUUUUUCUUUCAGAAAUUCUAUACAGUGGUACCUUGGUUUACGAACUUAAUCCAUUCCAGAGGUCUGUUCUUAAACUGAAACCAUUCUUAAACUGAGGCGCGCUUUUCCUAAUGAGGCCUCCCGCCACCGGUGCCCUUCCACCAUUCAGAUUCCAUUCUUAGACUUUACUUUCACAAACCAGGACACUACUUCCGGUUUUGUGGCAUUUGUAAACCGAAUACAGUGGUGCCUCGCAAGACGAAAUUAAUUCGUUCUGCGAGUUUUGUUGUCUUGCGAUUUUUUUCGUCUUGCGAAGCACGGUGUCGGGAAAGUUUUGGAAAAGCUUCAAAAAUCACCAAAGUCUUUAAAAACCUCAAAAAAGGCUACCACACCGUGUUCUAUGAGUUGCUCCUCGAAGUCAAGUCGCAGCUGUAUUAAUGGUGUUAAGAAAAAGGAAACAAACUUGCAAGACAUUUUCGUCUUGCGAAGCAAGCCCAUAGGGAAAAUCGUCUUGCGAAGCAGCUCAAAAAACAAAAAACCCUUUCGUCUAGCGAGUUUUUUGUCUUGCGAGGCAUUCGUCUUGUGAGGUACCACUGUAGUUCUUAAACAGGGCUGUUCUUAAACCGAGGUACCACUGUAUUAGCUAAUGCAGCUCCCGCACCCAGCAACAAGCUCCAAAAGUUCUCCCUGCUGUAAGAGCUGUAUCUGGAAAUCAAAGAGGGAUGAAAGCUUGAGCCAGUUUCUAUGGACUGUCUAAAUAAUUUCCAUAAGCACAAAGUAUGUUUCUAUCUGCAUCUUGUGGAUAGAUUGGUAUAUGUGAGGUGGUGGACAAAAUGCCUAUCAUAAGACCACUGCAAGGAAAAAGUUGGUUUGGAUUGCACAAUCCUGAAUCUAAUCAUAGUGCAAAAGGUCAUAAAUGUGUCAGAAGCUAUAUUGAUUGCUUGAUUAAAAAAACUUCUACACUGCUUAAUAAUUCAGAAUUUUGAAGCAGUACACAAAAAUAAAAAAUCAUAUAUGCAGUAAUACAGUUUUCUCCAUCUCCACAAUGGCCAACAUAAUAUACCAACCAAUAUCAAUGAUAAUGAUUAUUAUUGAUUUAUUAUUUAUACCCCGCCCAUCUGGCUGGGUUUCCCCAGCUACUCUGGGUGGCUCCCAACAUCAUCAUCAUCAUCAUUAUGUGAUAAAACAUCAAACAUUAAAAACUUCCCUAAACAGGGACUACUUGGGUGAACAGGAAAGACUUCAGAAUCUGCUGAAAACAUAUAGCAGUGAUAUGAUACACCCAGAGGAUAGCUCCUCAAAGACAGUAGGAAUAAGCCCCAAAUAAAGAAGGUAUCCCAAAUAAAAAUGAGCCAUCAUUGCUUGAAGGUAAAGAACCUGAAAGCUGGAUCACAUGAUCUCUCUGAAAUUCCACAGAGGUAUUCUGUGAAAAGGAAGGAUUGCCCAUUCCCUGAUGUCCUUCUAGCUGCAAUGAAGGGACUGUGAGCGAAUCAUAGCUUAAGGCGACCUACUUUGAUACCUUCCAGUAACUUCUCCAUUCAUUACUGCUAGGGAAGAUGGACUGUCCUUAGAGAUAGAUAUUUUACAAUCUUGCUUAAACAGCCAGAUUUUUUGGUAAGGAUGCUCAGACACCUCUAUAAUGAAUCACAGAUAGCAUAGCAGCAAAGUCACACUGCCAUCCUCCUUGCACUGCAAAGCCAGUGCAGGUCCAAUUUAUGUGUGCUGCUUGCGCCCCCUUGUGCUUAAUUAGAACAAUCGGAGUGCUCAGAUUUCCUUGGUUAUAGUUGAUGAGCGCAAGAGGCUGCCUUAGCUCAACGUGGUCUACACUAGCUAGCAGCAACUCUCCAGGGUUUCACAGAUAAAGAGGAGCCUUUCCUAGCCGUAUCUUAAGAUGCUUUUGUAUGAAAAGCUUUUGUAUGAAAAGCAUGUGCAACAGCCCUUCCCCAGCUGCUGCUUUUGCCACAUUACUCAUGCCCAGUAUUGAGAGGUGUGUUUGCUUGUAUGUCUGUUUGAAACAAGCAGUUAUGCUAAGGUGUACCGUGAGCUGGAGCAGACCAUCCGUGCAGCCGAUGCGCAAGAAGACCUACGGUGGUUCCGCAACACUAGUGGCCCAGGAAUGCCCAUGAACUGGCCUCAGGUAGAGGUAAGAAACUGUCCUCUUACGCCAAAACCAGGGGUGGCUGCAAUUCCGUAGUGCAGUAUAAUCUACACCAGGGUUUCCCAAACUUGGGUCUCUAGCUGUUUUUGGACUGCAAUUCCUAUCAUCCCUGACCAGUGGUCCUGCUAGCUCAGGAUGAUGGGAGUUGUAGGCCAACAACAGCUGGAGACCCAUGUUUGGGAAACCUUGGUCUACACUGACUAGAAGAGUCUUUCUGGGAUUUCAAACAGAGCUGUCUCCCAUGCCUACCUGGAGAUGCAGUUGAUUGAACUUGAGACCUUCUACAUGCAAACAGGUUCUCUACCACUGAGCUGUGACCCUUCGCUUUAUGUCAGGUAGGCUGUAGCCUGCAGAUUCAACAGCUGCUAGCCUCAGUGGGUCUCUUGAGCUUUGAUAUUCAGAGAAGCAAUUUGCCACCGAAUGCUAGCUGCUGAGGAGCAAGAGCAGGCACCCAGUGGGCCACUGUGGCAGAAAGGAAGGCAAGAUGAAAUAGGCCUUUGGUCUGAUCCAGCAGGGUCCUUAUGAUUAGAACUGGGGGUUAGGAGAGCAGUGCGACGCUGUUAAGAAUUCAAUGGUACAUUUCCUUGGCUGCAGGAGUGGAACCCAGAUGCAGCAGCACAACCAGUAGCAAGGAAAGAGAAACCUCCAAAAAAGAAUGAAACAAGCAACGCAUCCAAUGCCACUGGGGGUGGGGAGGCAGCAGCACAAGCUGGGGACCGUGGCAGGUGAGUAUGCCAAGAAUCCUGGGAACUGGAGGCCAUAGAGUACCCUUGUGCUUAGCCAUCUCCAGGGGCUUUGUGCUAUAGUAUCGGUUCUCAUGGUGCCCUAUUGCAUUGCCAGCGUGAGCAGCUAUGAACGUAGCCAAGCCUACGCUGCCGAGUGGUCAGACGAUGAGGGCGGCAACACCUACAACUCCAGCGAAGCCAAUGGUGGUGCCAACUCCUUUGAGGAAGAGCCAGCUGCAAAAGGCGUGCGUGUACGAGCUCUGUAUGACUAUGACGGGCAGGAACAGGACGAGCUGAGUUUCAAAGCAGGUAUGUCUUAAGAUUUGCUAAGUGGUGAUGGCUGAGAUGAACAGAUGACAGAUUGCUGCCUGGGCUAGUGCUGUCUCACGGAUACUGGCCACAACCCCCUUGUUGUCUAUGCUCUGGUAACCUCAAGGUUAGAUUACUGCACUGCGUUAUAUGUAGGGCUGCCUCAGAAGCCUGUUCAGAAACUUCAGCUAGUGCAGAAUUCAGUGACCAGGCUCUUCACUGAACAAGAAAGGUUGAGCAUUUUACACUGAUCCUGGUUCAACUGCACUGGCUACCAAUUAGUUUCCAGGCCCAAUUCCAAGUGCUGGUUUUGACCUAUAAAGCCUUAAACGGCUUAGGGUCUCUUUCCAUAUGAACCUACCUGGACCCUGAGAUCAUCUUCUGAAGCCCUCCUUCGUGUGCCUCCUCCUUGAGAGGUCCAGAGGCUGGCAAUACGAGAACGGGCCUUCUCUGCAGUGGCUCCCCAUCUGUGGAAUGCUUUCCCCAGGGAAGUUCACCUGGCUCCUCCAUUAUACACCUUUAGGCACCAUGCAAAACCCUUCCUCUUUAUUCUGUUUUUUUUAUAUAGUUAUUUUAUCCUGUGAACCGUCCUGAGACCUGCAGGUAUAGGGCAGAAUGCAAAUUUAAUUGAUGGUGGUGGUGGUGGUGAAAACAUCAUAGAUGUUCCUGCAGCUUGUACAUAUGUGCUCUCAGAGGUGCUGCCAGGUUCGGGAGGACUUCACACAAGACACUUUCUGUAGGGUCCCCAUAUCCCCAACCUUUCAUACCACCACCUGUUAUCUUGGCCUCCCCUCCCUCUCUGCCACUGCUGUUCCCCUUUUUGUGUUUGGUGGGUGAUACCAUUUGUACCUAAUAUUUUAAUGUAAAACAGCCUUGGGAGACUGAGGGCUUAUGGACACUACCUUUUGUGCUGCGUUUCCUAGGCACGGGUACAGGAUUUCUAGGUCUGUGUCUCAGUGGGGGGGUGUGCGUGCGCACGUGCACACAUGUCUGCUCCACUACUUUCCCCAGGAAAACUUGCUAUCAACCCUGAAUUGGAACAAAUGGCAAUUGGGUUUUCCAUGGAUUGCCAUUUGUUCCAAUUCAGCAUUGAAACACAAGUUUUCCCAGCAAAAGUGGUGAGACUCACAAACCGCUCUAACACAGACCUAGAAAUCCUGGACCUGUGCUUAGAAAGCGCAACACAAAACAAAAUGUCAAUGUGCUCUGAGAAUUUGAGGAUAGCAGAAGGAAGGGGACCUUUAGGCUCCCCCCCCCCCCCGCAAACCUUUGUCCUUCUCAAAAUCAUGCAGCCCAUUGUUUCUCCCUGCGCAGAAUUGCACAAGGUUAAAUAUGUGCUGAAAGCAGCUGAGGUGAGAGAUUUGGAGCAGAAAAGUGGACAGUUGGGAAAGCACCCCCAUCCUUUGGUGCCAUUUGCCCUUUACUGCGAUAGAUUGACAAGGAGCCGUCAAUUUCAAAUUUGUUCUUCUCCUUCUUCUAGGUGAUGAAUUAACCAAAUUAGGUGAAGAAGAUGAACAAGGCUGGUGCAAAGGGCGUCUGGACAACGGGCAACUGGGUCUUUAUCCAGCUAACUACGUGGAGUCUAUCUAG